AAUUCAAUAUUAUAGCAUUCAAAAUCUUGCUCGCGCUGCUCAGUCGAUGCUUGCGCCCAGGUUGAGCGUUUCGAAUCUCGAACACUUUAUGUCCGCUGGUCUAAAAGCUCGCCUGCCAAUCCGUAGCGUUACCCAGAACGCGACAACAACGAACACAUCUUCGGCUUCUUUGCGCCUGACCUGUCACAGCCAGGCGCGCUAUUUUUGCCCAUGGUCUCGCAAUGACCAAGGAACUCUCAUCAAGUCCUGAGCGGGCGAGGUGCUCGCGGCGCGACAAACCCCUCCGAACCUACGGUCGACGGAAGCAACCAGUAUUCCAAGAUGAGCCCGCCAUCAAGAAGCGGAAAAUAGUGUCCGCCCCGAUCACCUCGGAGGAAAAACUUGCAAAGUCUCAAGAGUUGAACGCAGACGAGACGCACACUGCGAAGGGUAGUGAUUGCGCCGAGAGCUUGGCAAAUUCGACCAAACCACACCAAGAGCCGACAGCCAUGCUCAGGGCUAACACUAGCUCUGGGAAAACACCCACCAGUGUGGUCAGAGGUUCAAUCUUGAGCUUCUUCAAGCCGGUUCCGACAAAAGUGGCCGAUUCCUUACCGAGACAAGAAAAAGAGCCAAGCGCGGUCGAGCAGGAGGAGGCAUCUCCAGAACCCUCGCCAUUAUCAGUCGGCCGAAAGAGGAGCAGCACUGGGAGAAAAUUACGACUCCGAAAAGCCGACACAUACACCUGGGAUGAUCCCGCCAGCGAUGAAGAGAACAAGCCAAACGGCCAUCACCCGGCGCAGAAACCCCCACCAACACGAAAACAAAAGGCGCAGGUGCAGACGACACUCGACCUAUCCACCAAAGCUGCCUUUUCAGAGUGCCGCACAUGCGAUACCGUGUGGAACCCACUGCACCCCGAAGACGUCAAAUACCACAACAGGCGCCAUGCCAAAGUGCUGCGGCGGGCGAAAGCGCGCAGUGACAGCUUUUCUUCGGAACCUGCGUAGGCAAAGCGGGCGUAGCAAGGACUUUGUCCAAAGCAGGGACAAAACACCAUAUGAGCAACAUCACAGCAAUGCGUGCUCUGAUUUGGAUGCACACAUGACGUGGUAUAUCUGAUUUAACGAGGAGCUGGAUGGCGUUGUCGACAUUGCCUGAAGUGUAACCCAAAGAAGAUCGGUCACAGAUGCCAUCCGCGCAUGCGAACUAUGGACUGCGAGGUUGAGACGGUGCAAAGGGCGACAGACAGUCUUCAACGUC